AUGUCCGGCAGAGGUAAAGGUGGUAAAGGUUUAGGUAAAGGUGGCGCCAAAAGACACCGCAAGGUGUUGAGAGACAACAUCCAAGGCAUCACGAAGCCGGCGAUCCGUCGUUUGGCAAGACGUGGUGGCGUCAAGAGAAUCUCUGGUUUAAUCUACGAAGAAACCAGAGGUGUCUUGAAGGUGUUCUUGGAAAACGUUAUCCGUGAUGCGGUUACGUACACCGAACACGCCAGAAGAAAGACGGUCACCGCCAUGGAUGUCGUCUACGCGUUGAAGAGACAAGGCAAGACCUUGUACGGCUUCGGCGGUUAA